AGCGGGGGAGCUGGCGAGGGGAGGGCCGAGGGAGGGGAGAGGACCGAAGAAGGAGCUCCAGCGAACGUGGGGCAGCGAGGCUGGCCCCGAGACAGUCCCUGCUACCGGGAAGGCACUGGAGGGGAAAGGCGCGGGGACGCGCCAUGGCCCGGUCCUGCUGGCGGCGGCCCCUCCACCGCCUCCUCCAGCUUCUCGGGCUGUGCGUCCUGCUCUCCCCGCUACAGUUGACUUUUCAAAUCAGUCCUCGGUGCAACAGUGAGAAGCAUUACGAGCACUUUGGACGCUGCUGCACCAAAUGUGAUCCAGGAAAAUAUAUGUCUGCAAAAUGCACUGCCACCUCUGAAAGCAUAUGUUUACCUUGUGGCCCAGAUGAAUACUUACAUACCUGGAAUGAAGAAGAUAAGUGUUUACUACAUAAAGUUUGUGAUAGAGGAAAAGGUCUGAAAGUAGUUCAUCCGGGCAAUCAAACCUUCCCACGACAGUGUGCCUGUAUCCCUGGGUACCAUUGGAGUGAAGACUUUGAGAUCUGUCAGCGCAAUGGAAAAUGUGACCCAGGCUUUGAAGCCGAAAAUCCUUUACAGCCAAACAAGGAUCCAGGGUGUAAACCCUGCCUCAUGGGCUACUUCUCUGAUGCUUUUUCUUCCAAGUGUAAAUCCUGGACCAAUUGCACCAAUCUUGGAAUGGUAGAAAAAACUCCUGGGACUGAUAAGUCAGAUGUGGUUUGUGAUCCUUUGCCACCUGAAAAACCAGAACAUGAUAUUGAUAAUUUUCAUCAUUCUAUUAUAUUCAAUUUAAAGCCUUCUUGUUCUUUGUUAGCAGUAUGAGUUACAAAAUGGAUCAUUUCAAUUACAUUUAAAAGAAGACAGAAGCUAACAGCUGAUCUGUGGCUCUGGAUCAAUGACAGAUGCAGCAUCUUGAGACGAAAUAAGGAAUCGUCUGGUGAUAAUUUCAUCAAUACACACAUGUCAACAAAUAGUGCUAGCCAGGCUUAUGAAGACACUUUAUUACUGACCAAGGAAGAAAAGAUAUUAUCUGAAGACUCAUGUUAUCCACAGGGACACACGUGUGGGGAAGCAGAUCCAUGUAAAGUGGAAGAUAUUGCCAUGCUGUCUUUGGUCAAUGAGACUGAGGAAGAUAACUUUAGACAGAUACCCACAGAAGAUGAAUAUGUGGACCGAGCUCCUCAUGGUUCUGAUUGUUUAUUGUUGUUGAGUCGGCCUGGAAGCAAACCAGCUUCUCCUUUCUCAGAGCCCUUGGAGAUUGGAGAGAACGACAGCUUAAGCCAGUGUUUCACUGGUACUGACAGCACAAUGGAUUCAGAGAGCUCCUAUUGCACUAAAUCCUCCUACAGGACUGACUCCAUCCAUAUUUCCUCUGACCCGUACUUGCAGAAAUCUUUCCACUACAAUGACAGUAACCUUGUUAAGGAGGUGGAGAGCAGUGACAGGAAUCACUGGGCAGCCAACUUUGACUUCACAAAUGGCUCUGGGGGCUGCAAGGAGCCUCUCAGGAAGUACACUGAAGCUUCUGAGAAGAAACAUGACCACAUCAUAUCAUCCUUUGAGAAUGGACCUUUCCCACAGUGCACCUGUAGCUUAGACCUUCCUCCAGAAAGUCAGAAUAUUCUGACAAGUGAUGCUGAGGGUGAAGACUUGUCCUUGGAUGGAACUGAAGUGAAGUUCCCUAGCACAAAAAGAGGCAGUUCUGGGUCAGGUGGUACCUCCAGCGACUCACCUCUUGCAUCUGGAAAUGUGACUGGAAACAGUAACUCUACAUUUAUUUCAAGUGGACAAGUAAUGAAUUUCAAGGGAGAUAUCAUUGUAGUCUACGUUAGUCAAAACUCCCAGGAGGGCCCCACCAUCCCAGGAACUGCCGGGGAAAAUGUUGGCAGCCCAGUGCAGGAGGAGAACCUGAAUCGCUGUGAUACUUUUGCAGGGAAUGAUCUCAAUUUCAAAGAGAAAUGUGCUGAGGGCUCCCUGGGGAGCUUUUCUGAGGGAAAAGUGCAAAACUGCUUAAGAGACCAUACACGAAGGUCAGGGCCAAGGAUUCAAGAGGAAACCCACCAUGGCCCUGAUAGAGAGAGUGACCAGAACACAGCUUCUCAACCUGUGCAAGAAGAAGGAAGACCCAAAUCCCGUUCCCUGAAAGCCUGGCAGUGAUGAGAAUUUACCAUUGCCUCCGUCUCUUCCCAAAGGUGCCAGCCCCAGUGGGAACUCAGACAGACAUUCCCCUUCUCUGGGUCUCAUUUGCUGCAUCUGUAGAGGGAGGAGUUCAUACUAGGUGAUCUCCAAGGUUCCAUGAUUCUAAUCAUUCUCCCUAUUUACCCCAUAAAUAUAAUAUAAUAAUCAUAGACCAAGAAUGUCAAAUUCAAAUCUACAAACAGUUUUUAUCUUUGGAAAAUACUAGCACACUGAGCAAAUGCUAAUUCACAAGUAGGACCAAAAUUAGGAAUGUUGGAGAUGGACAAUAGGUAGCACUUGACUCACCCAUGACCCAUAGAUCUAUGGGUUUUCCCCCUGAAAAUCCUUUUAUAAUUUGAUAGUUUGCUAUUUGGCUCAUUCCUAAUCUGUAUCCUCUGUACUCUUUUGAUCUUUUCUCUUUUAUUUAAAAAUCUAUGGCACUUUUUCU